AUGCGCUCUCUCAUCGUCCUUGUCCUCGCCUUUUUCGCAGCAACUGCUCUUUCGGCUCCCAUGGCCGGGGAGAUGGAGAAAGUCGCCACCUCAGGAGCCGAAGCGAUCAGCGAGGAGCUGUCGCAUCUCGAUCUCGGUCAUGCUCGUCCCCCUACACCUCCUGCGCCCAAUGCUCUGAGCGGUCAAACAUCUCGCAUGAACUUCGCUCGUCCUCCGCCUCUUCACGUGCCUCCUCCCUCAGCCGAAGGUCCGCUUGUGGCCGACCUGGGUUCCGCCUCCUCCGGCUCCGGUCGUCGUCCCUUUGCCUCUCCCGAUCAAGUCAUCCCCGUCAACGAUGGAGGAGCCAAGGACCGCCUCCGCAACGUCGUCGGCAAGAUCGUCAAGCCCGCCAGGUCGGGCAACCGGAGGCUCGACAGGCAGCCUUCGAUGAAUGAGAAUCAGUGGAAGGCGCUCUUCGCCGAACACGAUUUUGAUCCUGCCAAGUGGGUGAACGAGGACAAGAGCCGGUUUGCUGGGGAUCGCGCCAAGCAGGCCAUGUUCCGUUUUUGA